GCAGAGCUUACUGAUAUACUUUUGAUCCCCUCUUCUCUCCACUCGCGGUGCUCUGACGACGCUUCUCUCCGAAGCGCAGAAGCGGUUUUAUGAGAGCCUGAGCCCUGCAACAGACGAACUCGGUGCGUGGCCACGAUUGUCCAUGGAUCUGGCAACCCAAUCGGCCUACAGCACGUCAGAAAGCGAAUCUUCAUGUCAGGAUCGGGGAGUCACAGAUCAUGAAAGAGCGCGGAAUCAUGUUUCUGACGACUCGCGCCCAAGCUGUGCCCCAAGGGUCGCUGGGCCGGUUACUCCGCCAGCCAGAACGUUCCUCGAGAGCGAAGGAAGCACUCCUGUCUCAGAUUCGCUAGCGCAAUCCCUAUUAGAGAACAGGCGUCGGGGUAUAUAUUUUCAUCGUCCUCCGGUUUUGAUGCUGGGCGGCACCGGUGGCGACGGCGCUGGUUUGUCUCGUAGUGACGAUAUCGGCCUGCGAUAUCCCUCCGGUGAUGGAGUUGUUGGACGAACAGACCUCGAGGAGGGUUUAGCAGAGCCUUCCAACGAACUACCGGAUUCACCAAGGUUAGCCCUCCCGAAUUUUCCAGCCGACACUAUCAGUCCAAUGGCAGUUUCAGAGCAACAAGGUGUCUCAGCAGUUGCAACUAAUUCCCCAGAGACCUCUAUUGGGGUAUCGCUCGCCUCCCAUGUUGCGAUUCACCAAAACUCGGUACAUGGUAGCUCCACAGACUCUAUAAAUCUGCCAAAUUCAGAUCAGAUCCAACCCGAAAAGAUGUCGGGCCAGCCCAGAAAGAGGAAUACUGGUAACUCGAGUCCACUAGCUAGACACCGUCAGGCAGUGGAUUCUGGAAGUGGGAACGGUGGCCUAUGUCCACAAUGCAUGCACAAUUUAGCGGCAUCUCGCGACCCGCCACAGGAAACUGUUCCCCCAGUCGUGCAAGAAGAGCUGCUAUGGGACACUGAGCGCCUGGUAGGCAUGAGAUAUCUUGAAUCGUAUCGAGAUAUUAGGGCCUCUCCGGGUUCGAGAAACGGAUUCGCGAUUCGAAGUGGGUGCCGUGUUAUUUGCAUUGGAGACACCGUUCCUUGCAAAGACGACGAAUCACGCGAAGACUCCUUUAAGAUAGCGUUUGGGGACGUUUAUCUGGUUCUUCGACUGUAUCCAGAUCUGUGGGCUUCCUGUAUCAGAAUCGACACUUCUACCCCGGUUUACCCUUUCACACCUAGGAGUGGGUUUAAGCCUCGAUAUGCAACUACAACCUGGCCCACCUCAACUAAUGCCAUCAAAUUCUUACCUCUUUGCUGCGUGACCAUAGAGGCGAACUUCAGCAAAUAUAUUCGGUGUCACCCAAUGUAUGGCAAUGGAAGCCAGGCCAUCACCAACCCAAGCACAGGACAGGUUGUCAUCCCCCCGAAACGGAAAGAGAGCUUAGCGGCAGGCAACGAUGUUUUGCACCGUAAUGGUGGCAUUUUGAUACCGCUAGACUAUUACUCCCAACUGAAUUACCCUAUAAUGAGCAGAGAUGCACCCUAUAGAGUUGCGGAUCCUAGGGAAAAGGGGGACCCUGUGGGCCAUGUCUGUGAGUCUAUGCCCGUCUAUUAUGAGCCUAACCUCCCGAACGCCUUUCCCGUGAAGAUUUCGAAAAUGCAGUGGCUUCGGAAAAAGUUUCUUCGGCAAAGGCAACAAGCCGAGUCGCAGACAAAAUUUCUGCCUCCAACACCACAUGCAAAAGACCGCGCAGAAGGUGCUGGGUUGAUACAAACGAGGCAUCCGGGUGAUAAAAGUAGUAUUCAAGCUCGGAAUGCCGAAAUUCUAAAUAAACUAACACAGGGAGGCGCGCAAAUAUUAAAGAUUGUACCUGGUUCGAAGCAAGUCCUGGGCACUGCUGUAUCUGAGCCUUCACCUACUUCAUUUCGCCCCCUUGUUGACCGCAUGUCACGCAGCCGCUCUGGCUCUAGGUUCGGGUCAGCUUUGGGCACUCGGUCACUUACACGCUCAAAUUCAGCAAAAUAAAGCGGUCUAUGCGUGAGGAAGGGAUGAAUCCGAGUCAUGCAUGGGAUGCAGCCACAGAGAAAUUUGUUAUUGUUAUUGGGCAAUGCAGGAUGUUAUUGUACAGGCUUUACUCCAGGUCUAGUAACAUAUCCCUUUAUCAGGCUUUCAUGCUUGCUUUCUUUCAUC